GUUUAGUUUUGUUUUUUUUUUUUAAAUAAAGCUGAGUCAAACUUUAAACGUAGUUUGAGCGCAUUUGUCUAAUAAAUUUCCUUAUUUUUUUCUCUCGGUCAAGAACACAUGGUGGCGCUCUUACGAUUAACUAAUAUACACACGAAGAAGAUGGGCGACCAAUCAAAACAGCCGAAUUGCAGUGUCGUCGAAAUUUGAAAAGGCUUUGUAGUUUAGCACACGGGUUCGUGCGACAGCAAUUAAAUACAAUGGAUCCAUACAACGAGGAAAACAUCAAAAUGUAUUUUUUUGAGAAUAGGAUAAAAACUUAUGAGGGGUGGCCAUUCGACGAAGACUGCAAGUGCACGCCGGAAAACAUGGCCAAAGCCGGCUUCAUUCACACACCUUCAGAGAACAGCCCAGACAUCGCCAUGUGUUUCUUUUGCCUGAAAGAGCUGGAGGGCUGGGAGCCAGAGGAUGACCCAGAAAAGGAGCACAAGUCUCAUUCGCCAGCCUGCCACUUCAUUGCCCUGAAGAAAAAAGUGGAAGAGCUGACUGUGGAGGAAUUCUACAGAUUGCAGAAAGAGAGGCACAAGUUCAUCAAUAACAAAUCUUGUAAUGAGGCCGUCACCAAGUUUGAAGAGGCAGCCAAACUGAGGCGAGCAGACAUCAUCAAGACGGCCAUGGGAGAAGAGUGACACGGCGACAGAUUCAGAUGAAUGACAUGAGCUCUGUUUGUGUGUCUGAGAAAGAUGGAGAGAAUAAUUGUAGCUGUCAGAAUGAUUGACUUGUUCCUCACCAAACUCAUUUUCAUGUUUCCUUUGUGUGCAUUCAUGUCAUCUUUUUUUCACGUAUGUGUGUUUAUCUUUUAACACUUUCUGUUUUUAUGUAAUCUGAUA